CAACUUGUAGUAGAAAACAUAUUACUCAUAUAAACCACUUAUCAUAUAGUUGUUGAUACAAUCCAUUUCCUCCUCUUUCCACUACCCCCUAACCAAACAACCAAAAGGAGAAAACUCUUAGUGGAUAUUGAGUUCUCGGAGAAAGUUGUCAAGGGUAAUAAAAAUGGGGAGAAAGUGUUCACAUUGUGGGAACAUAGGUCACAAUGCAAGAACUUGCAACACUUUCAAGUUAGGUGCUAGUGCUAGUUUUGUUGGUGGAUUAAGGCUCUUUGGAGUGCAAUUUGACAUCUCUUCUUCAUCUUCAACAACAUCAUCAUCAACAUCAUCUUCUUCUUCUUCUUCUUCUUCUUCUUCUUAUGAUAUUUACUUAAAAAAAAGUUUAAGCUUUGAUUGCUUAUCUUCAUCUCCAGCUUCUGUUUCUCCAGCCUCAUCACUUGUUACUGUUAAUGAAAAGAGUACUACUUGCACAAAUAGCUAUCUCUCUGGUUGUCUCUUAGGCCAACCUCAAGAUAGAAGAAAAGGAGUACCAUGGACAGAGGAGGAACACAGGACAUUCUUAGUGGGACUAGAAAAAUUAGGAAAAGGAGAUUGGCGAGGAAUUUCAAGAAACUUUGUAACAACAAGGACUCCAACUCAAGUUGCUAGUCAUGCUCAAAAAUAUUUCCUAAGACAGUCAAGUGAUCUCAACAAAAAGAAGCGUCGUUCCAGCCUCUUUGACAUGGAAAAGAGCAAGAACAAAAUCCAACAUGAUGCCAAAACCGAAGAAAGCAUUUAUAGUAAGGCAGAGUAUGGAAAUUCAAGUAGUCCAUGUAUGAUGGAUCUCAAUGCAUUUGGAGAAGAGAUACCAUUAUCAACCAAAGAUCAUAAACAACCUCAAAUUUGGUCUUGUUAUGAGUCAUCCAUUUCUCCAGUUGAUUUGGAGCUAAGCCUAGCAGCUCCAACAAAUGUGGAUAAAAACAAGCCCUCAAAUACCUUUCUAGUUGGACCUAUUCCUGUUACUUAAAUCUGAUCCGGAAUUGCCUGUUAAUAUAUAGUAUAUGCUAAUUAAUGAAUGUAUUUCCUCUUAAUUGUCUCAUGUAGUUGCUUGCUAGUAUUACGGACUAGUAUAUAACUGUAUUCUCCAUCUCUAAAUUUUCAAGAUGAGAGCAUAACUAGUUUGUUGA